GUGGGGUGAUAUUUUCAUACAACAGUGGACUUUGCCGAGAAGUGGGAACAAGACUGAAGUAAUUAGGUUAUGUAUCAUACAGAAUGACUACGACAAUGGAUAUUCAUGAUGAAUAUAUCUUGUAUAUAACACCAGAAAAGUUUUACAUCGAAGCAACUAACAGCAAUGAACUGCUUGUCAUCGACAGGGUCAGCCAAGAUAUGCUUCUGCAAGGAAAACAUGUUCAGAUCCCGCAAUCAUCUAGUAGCAAACCAAUUUGUGGUAUCAUUGGUAUAAUCCGUCUAAUAGCAGGCCCUUACCUGAUUGUAGUGACACGGAAAUGGAAAGUUGGUACUAUCAAUAACCAAGACAUAUGGCGUAUUGAUGAAUGUGAAGUCAUUCCAUUUUCACGCACUCUUCUGCAUUUGACUGAAAAACAGACAGCAGAGAAUCAGCAAUAUGUCUCGAUGGUGGAUCAUGUUCUCAAAACACCACAUCUGUACUUCUCAUACUCAUAUGACCUUACACACACACUCCAAAGGUUACACAACACAACACCAGAGUUUCUUCAGAUGCCACUUCACGAGCGUGCUGAUCCUAGGUUUGUCUGGAACAGCAACCUUUUACGAGAAAUGGCAACACGUCAAGAACUACAUCGCUUUUGCUUGCCAAUAGUUCAUGGCUUCAUUUCCGUCAACCAUUGUUCUCUGAAUGGCAAACCGUUUCUGUGGACCUUAGUGUCUCGCCGCAGUUGCUAUCGUGCGGGGACACGGCUCUUCACACGUGGAGUUGAUUUCCAGGGCAGUGUUGCAAAUUUUGUUGAGACAGAGCAGAUAAUUGAAUAUGGAGGUGACCGUAGUUCCUUUGUACAGAUAAGGGGGAGCAUUCCCCUCUUCUGGACUCAAUUACCAAACUUAAAAUAUAAACCAAGGCCUCGACUUGUGCCCACUGAGAACCAUGCAGAAGCCUUUGCGCGCCAUAUCGAGACUCAGGUGUUCAAUUAUGGCCGUAUUGUCCUUGUCAAUCUGAUCGACCAUAGAGGAGCAGAGGAUGUUUUGGAGAAAGCGUUUCGUGAACAUGUCACAAGACUUGGAAAUUCAAAUGUUAGGUACGAAGCAUUCGACUUCCAUGCAGAGUGCCGUGCACUUCGCUGGGACCGUCUCAGCAUUCUGCUGGAUCGACUGUCUCAUGAACAAGAUGAAUUUGGAGUUUUUCUCCUGACUCGUGAUGGAACCUUGGUGUCACAACAGGAUGGUGUUUUUCGCACUAACUGUGUUGACUGCCUGGACAGAACAAAUGUAGUGCAGAGCAUGCUUGCACGUCGCUCACUUACACAAGUAUUGCAGAAGCUCGGCCUCCUACAACAAAGUCAGGCUGUUCAACAGCAACCACUCCUCGAGUACCUCUUCAAGCAGGUGUGGGCCGACAAUGCAGAUGUCCUCAGUAUACAGUACUCAGGGACUGGUGCUCUGAAGACUGAUUUCACACGUACUGGAAAAAGGACUCGCAUUGGUCUUCUGCGAGAUCUUGUCAAUUCUCUAACCCGCUACUGCAAGAACAAUUUUGCUGAUGGUUUCAGGCAGGAUGCCAUUGACUUGUUUUUGGGUCGCUAUCAAGUACAGGAUGGUGAGGGUGCUGCUCAGCCAUGUCCUCUGGAGACUGAAAAGGGAUGGAAAUACAUCACUUUCCCAGUAGUACUGAUGGUGGCAAUAGCAAUGUUCUUUGCGAACAUUAUAACGCCAACGGAAUAUAACACAGAGAGUCUUCUGUACUUACUGUUCUGGGCAUCAAUGGUAUCUGUGACCUCAAUGAUAAUUAUGAUCUAUGGCACUGAGUUUGUGGAUUAUCCAAAGCUGUGUGAACUCAGAGGGUCCUCAGCACUUUCUUUAGAAUAGCAGUAAAUAAUUCUAUUGCUAA